ACUAUACUAGCUACCUGUGAACGUCGUUCAUAUUGAUGUCGGGCCCAAAGAACCCAACUUCGGAAGCUCCCACUGAUGCGGAGCCGCAGCACCCUCUGGGCGAGCCGCAAAUCGGCUUCAACGAUGUCUUUAGCCUCCGAAAGCCUCGUGAUGCAGGAGCCGGGUUGGCCUCGGGUCUCAAGUCCAUCGCAAAGGGCAUCCUGGGCGGAGCUGCUGGUCUCGUGGCAGCCCCCAUCGUUGGCGCCAGCCAAGGCGGCGUGACUGGAUUUGCUAAAGGACUAGCGUCAGGCGUCGUUGGCGCGGUGGUGCUCCCCGUCACAGGUGUGGGUGUGGGCGCUGUGCAGCUGGUGCGCGGCGUCAUCAACACGCCCGAGGCGGUGAUGCAGUCCUCCCAGGGCAAGCUGUGGGAUGAGUCUCGACGGGAAUGGGUCGAAAAGGACGCGAUUGUGAGCCUGGAGCCGCCUGGGACGGAGAAGGAUGCGGGCGGCUACCGGCGGCCUCAAAGUGGAGACGACUACUACGCCAUCCUCGGGGUGGAGCACAACGCGACGCCGGACCAGAUCAAGAAGCAGUAUUACAUCCUGGCUCGCAAGUUCCAUCCUGAUAAGAAUCCUAACGACGAAACGGCUCACGAGAAGUUUCAGAAGCUGGGCGAGGCGUACCAGGUGCUGGGCAACGAGGAGCUGCGCGCUCGCUACGACUCGCACGGCGCUGCGGGCCUGGACGUGAACUUCAUGGAGGGCGGCGCCUUCUUCAACAUGCUGUUCGGCAGCGACCAGUUCGAGCACCUGGUGGGCGAGCUCUUCAUCGCCUGCGCCGCCAGGAGCGGUGGGCAGGUGGCCAGCGCGGAGAUGGCUCGCGAGCAGGGCCUGCGCGUGUCUAAGCUGUGCGUCAACCUGAAGACCCUCCUCAAGCGCUACGUGGAGGGCGACGAGGAGGGCUUUGUGAUCUCCAUGCGCGCGGAGGCGGACCGGCUGGUGAAGGCCUCAUUCGGCGAGACCAUGCUGCACACCGUGGGCAAGGUGUACGACAUGCACGCCGACAUCGCUACGGGCGGCUUCUUCGGCGGCAUGGCGGCCAAGUGGCGCUCGCAGCACGAGAACAUGAGGUCCCAGUACCAGGCCGCCAGCGCCGCCAUCAAGGUGUACGCGGCGCAGCAGAAGCUGGAGGCCUGGCAGAAGGAGCAGGACCGCAAGCAGGCGGUGGCGGCCGCGUCCGCAGCCAAGGAGGGCGCCGCGGGGGAAGCCAGCAAAGACGGCGCAGCGGGCAGCGCUGCCGAGCCCAAAGCCGAGGCUGGCGGCGCCACCCGCGCGGCCGCGCCCGAUGCGGCGGCUGCCAAGGCGGAGGGCGGCGCGGGGCCGUCGGCCGGCAAGGGCCCGUCCAUUGAGGAGCUGAUGGAGCGGCAGCGGCUGGAGGAGGCCACACUGCCGCUGAUGCUGGAGGCCAUGUGGGCGGCCAACGUGCUGGACAUCCAGAACACGCUGAAGAAGGUCUGCAAGUUUGUGCUGAACGAGGAGGGCGUCAAGAAGGAGGAGCUGACUGCCCGCGCCAACGCACUGAAGGUCCUGGGCGGCAUCUUCAUGGAAGCCAAGGCGCCCGAGUCCGCCAACCAGCGGGACGCCAAGCGGCAGAUGGAGGAGGCCAUGAUCCGGGUGGUGGAGAAGCGCGCGCAGGCGGAGGAGGACGAGAGCGGCAGCGAGCAGGCCGCCGGUGCCGGCCGCAGCUGAGGUGGAGGGAUGCUGCCGCGGAGUGCGCCCUACGGCGCGGUCGGGGAGGACGCAGAGGAGGUGGUCUUGGUCUGAUUAUUUGAAAGGGAUGAUAGUUCAGGGAGUGUGAGCCACCCGUGGCUCUGCGGGUAGGCCGGUCUGUAAUGGUAUGGCAGAAUGGGCAGAUUUGCGGUGAUGUGGAUGGUACCGAGCCGAAUGGACCGAAUGGACCCCGAGUGACUUUUCUUUGCUGGGGCGUUGCUGGAAUAGCCCAACACAUCUUCAUACGGUAGUCGAUGAAUACUGUGAUUAGGAUUUGCAAUCUGUAGUAGCGAGUGAAUGUUAUCAGGCUGUGCGUCAGCCACCGGACAUGCAUAUGUGCGGAGUCGUGUGUGGCAUGCAACGCACAGCACAAACUCUUGUAUUCUGUGCAGAUGUGCGAAGGACUGAGUAGGAGUGCGCUGCUGCUGCUGUGAAGAAGAGUACGCGGAGGCGGAGUGCAGGAUUCACUCGUUCAGCAAGUGAUGAGAAUGUGACGAAGGUUUUUGGGUGGACGCACGUGCCCUCAAGACAUGACCAUAGAUAAUGCUGGUGGAGUUAUGGAGGACACGGACAGACGAUGUCAAUGAGUGAGAUACCGGGGACCUCUUACUCUCUGAGCGAUAGGAAUGCAGGCUGUACAAGCCGCUACUCUGGCACUGGCUUCUCUAUGGGCUCCCCUGGCCUAUGGGCUACCCGAUUCCCCUAUCGUGAAUUGUCAGUGACG